UUGGCUAGCCUGAUCAUACCGCAGGGCCUCAAGAGGAAACUUUCGGCUGGGAACACCAUGGAGCUGCUUCCUCUUCUUCUUGCCUGCUCCCUUCUCUUCACCGUUGCGACUCCUGUCAGGGACAUCACCGACGCCUGCGCCUCGCAAAUCAAUGAUUUCCAGCACCUCAACAGCUCGGGCCUCCACCUGACGCUGCACCACCCGCAGAGCCCCUGCUCGCCGGCGCCACUCCCUUCCGACCUCCCCUUCUCCGCCGUGCUCAUCCAUGACGAUGCGCGUGCCGCCCACCUCGCCUCGCGCCUCGUCUACAAUAAUGCACCGUCCCGCCGCCCAACGUCGCUCCGCAAGAAGCCCGCCGCCGGCGCUGGCCACCUGUCCGGCUCGCUGGCCGCCUCCGUGCCGCUCACGCCGGGCGUGUCCCUGGGCGUGGGGAACUACGUUACCCGCCUGGGCCUCGGCACGCCGGCGACCUCCUACGCAAUGGUCGUCGACACGGGCUCCUCGCUCACCUGGCUGCAGUGCUCGCCCUGCAAGGUGUCAUGCCACCGCCAGACGGGCCCACUCUACGACCCCCAAGCAUCGACAACCUACGCCUCCGUGCCGUGCUCGGCCUCGCAGUGCGACGACCUUCAGGCCGCCACGCUCAACCCGUCCGCCUGCUCCGUCUCCAACGUCUGCAUCUACCAGGCCAGCUACGGCGACAGCUCCUUCUCCGUCGGGUACCUGAGCAAGGACACCGUCUCCUUUGGCUCCAGCAACUUCCCCAGCUUCUACUACGGCUGCGGCCAUGACAACGAGGGUCUCUUCGGCCGGUCGGCGGGGCUCAUCGGCCUCGCGCGCAACAAGCUGUCGCUGCUCUACCAGCUCGCGCCCAGCCUCGGAUACUCCUUUACCUACUGCCUCCCGACCUUGGCGUCGGCGGGGUACCUCUCCAUCGGGUCCUACAACCCGGGGCAGUACUCGUACACGCCCAUGGCGUCCAGCUCGCUCGAUGGCUCGCUCUACUUCGUCAACCUGGCCGGGAUGUCCGUCGGCGGGAGCUCGCUGGCGGUGUCGCCGUCAGAGUAUGGCAGCCUGCCGACGAUCAUCGACUCGGGCACGGUGAUCACGCGCCUGCCGACGAGCGUGUACAACGCGCUGAGCAAGGCGGUGGCCGAGGCCAUGGGCGGGGUGCCACGCGCGCCCGCGUACUCCAUCCUGGACACGUGCUUCCAGGGCAAGGCGUCGCAGCUGCACGUGCCGGCCGUGGGCAUGGCGUUCUCCGGCGGCGCAACGCUGAAGCUCGCGACGCGGAACGUGCUCAUCGACGUGGACGACUCCACGACGUGCCUGGCGUUCGCGCCGACGGAUAGCACGGCGAUCAUCGGGAAUACGCAGCAGCAGACGUUCAGCGUCGUCUACGACGUCGCGCAGUCCAGGAUCGGCUUCGCGCCCGGCGGUUGCAGCUGAGGGGUGAACUGCGCGCAUGGUCAAGCUUGGUAAAUUAAAGACGCAUACACAAGUAAAUGCAUGAAAGUAACAGUUAGCUGGAAGUACUUCAACAAUUGUCAACAUCUGUACGUGUUAUGCUCCUGGCAAUUUGUACGUCAUUUAUAGGUAAAUUUUAGAGAUUGGAUUUCUACAGUUCACUGGAAGUGCUUCAACAAUUGUAAGGUCAAAAAACAGAAGUGCAAUGGCUGGACGAUUUGGUCUAUCAUUUAUGUUCUUGUUAACUCAA